AUGCUCGACUCCACGAUACCCAAGGGUCAAUUUGACUCCAUCCCCGACUCCAUCGAGGCCUUUCGAAGGGGCGAGUUCCUCGUCGUCCUCGACGAUCCCGGUCGUGAAAACGAAGCCGAUCUCAUCAUCGCCGCCCAGGACGUCACCACGGAGCAGAUGGCCUGGAUGGUCCGUUACUCCUCCGGCCUAAUCUGCGCUCCCAUCAAGGCGAACCGGGCCGAGGCGCUCGAGCUGCCGCCCAUGGUCUCCGUCAGCCAGGACCCCCGCGGAACGGCCUACACCGUCUCGGUCGACGCCAACGACGAGUCCGUCACUACGGGCAUCAGCGCCCACGACCGCUCCCUCGUUUGCCGCGUCCUCGCCGACCCUUCCGCCACGGCCGCGAGCCUCCGCCGUCCCGGCCACGUCCUGCCCCUCAGGGCGCACCCUGGCGGCGUGAGGGCCCGAGCCGGCCACACCGAGGCGGCCCUCGAGUUCUGCCGGCUGGCGGGCAAGGCCGAGGCCGCCGCCAUCUGCGAAGUCGUCGAGGAUGGCGACGAGGUCCCCGGCCGCGCCGUCCGUGCCGCCACCGACAUGAUGAGGGGAGAGGACUGCAUUCAGUUCGCCCGCAAGUGGGGGCUGAAUGUCUGCACCAUCGCCGACCUUGUCGACCACGUCGAGAAGACCGAGGGAAAGCUGCAGGUGAACGGCUCCUGA